AAGAGCAAAAGAGAAAAGUUACAUUGUUUCCAAAUUAAAAAGGCAAUUUUUUGAGGCAAAGAAGGGCCCCAAUCCAGCGAGAAGCGUUGCAUUUGUCGUGUUUAAAGUGUGUCGAGACCCAAACAGUGCCGUUUUCGGUGUUUAAUUGAGUAAAAACGCGUCAAAUCCGGAUAAAUUUUGUGCGUCGCAAUUUUCCAACUCGCAUCUGUCACAUCGGGAGCAGGAAAAAACGCAAAGAAGCAGCAAGCGGAGCAGCUAUUAGGUCCCAAGAACGCCAAAUUUUCGUGUCUAGAGGAAAAAGUCGCCGUCUAACGUCAGAAAAGUCGCGCUUCGGUAACAGCAGCUCCCCACAAUUCGAAAGAAUUCCAUUUUGCGGCACCGUUCUUGGUAGAUGAAGGCAGCAGCAACUGCUAACAGCAAAAAAUGUCUCGAAAUAAGGAUAAAUAUGAGAAUAGCAAUCCAAGAAGGCAGCAAACCUUCAUGUCGGCAGAGGAUGUUGCCUCCGGGAAGAAAUCCAAUUGGCAAGCUUUGGAGAUAACAGGCAAUGUUCGGAAUAUCAGUCCCCAGUUGUGGCAAUUUGAUAAUCUAACGUCGCUGUAUCUGAAUGACAAUUGUCUCUUGCGAAUUCCUCCCGAUAUUGGGCUGCUCGUGUGUUUGCGCACACUUGAUAUCUCGAGUAAUAAGUUAAGGAGUCUGCCGGCGGAGUUGGGAGAACUCAUUCAAUUGAGAGAACUUUUACUGAAUAACAAUCUACUAAGAGUCCUUCCAUACGAACUCGGAAAACUUUUUCAUCUAGUUAUCCUCGGUUUGCACGGAAAUCCAUUAGGGAAAGAUAUAAUGUCGAUCUACAAUGAACCCAAUGGUACAAGUAAAUUGCUAACAUACAUGCUUGACAACUUAACAGUGACUGCCACUCCGCCUCCUCAGAGACCAUGGAUACCAUUAGCUAGACCAAACCGUAAUAGACCAGCAUGUAUUUUUACUGUAAUGUGCUAUAAUGUUUUGUGUGAUAAAUACGCAACUAGGCAAAUGUAUGGUUAUUGCCCCAGCUGGGCACUUAGUUGGGAAUAUCGUAAAAAGGCAAUAUUGGAUGAGAUUCGACAUUACUCGGCAGACAUCAUCAGCUUGCAGGAGGUCGAAACCGAGCAAUUUCACAACUUUUUCAAACCAGAAUUGGCGAACGACGGUUUUGAGGGCAUUUUUUCGCCAAAAUCACGGGCAAAGACAAUGGGCGAGAACGAACGGAAAUAUGUCGAUGGUUGUGCGAUCUUUUUUAGGACGUCAAAAUUCACAUUGCUAAAGGAACACUUAAUUGAAUUCAAUCAACUUGCGAUGGCAAACUCCGAGGGCUCCGACAACAUGUUGAAUCGCGUGAUGCCGAAAGACAACAUCGGCCUAGCUGCCCUGCUAAAGGUCAAGGAAAGCGCCUGGGACGGUCUUCCCGCCGACAUGGCGCAAGCAGCAACGUACCAAUCGAUUCUCGUGUGCACGGCGCACAUCCAUUGGGACCCCGAAUUCUGCGACGUCAAGCUGAUCCAGACGAUGAUGCUGAGCAACGAGAUAAAAACCAUUCUUGACGACGCCGUGCUCAACUUGCGUCCCGCUACGGCGACACAAAAUCAAUCGAAACCCGUCGAUGGCAGCAGUCAGAUCCCGCUUUUGUUGUGCGGCGACUUUAAUUCGUUGCCCGAUUCGGGCGUCAUUGAAUUUCUGUCGGCGGGACGCGUUGCGAUGGAUCACCCGGACUUUAAGGAACUCGGCUACAAGUCGUGCCUCCAACGAAUAUCCAACAAUGCGAAUGCCACGGAUGCGAACCCCAACGAGUUUACGCAUUCCUUCAAACUGGCGUCGGCCUACAGCGAGGACAUCAUGCCGUACACAAAUUACACAUUCGAUUUCAAAGGUAUUAUAGAUUACAUUUUUUAUGCGAAGCAGGCGAUGGUUCCGCUCGGUUUGCUGGGUCCCGUGUCGGCGGAAUGGCUGCGCGAACAAAAAGUCGUUGGAUGCCCGCAUCCCCAUAUACCGUCGGAUCACUUUCCGUUGCUCGUGGAACUAGAAUUAGGCUACAUUUCGACAUCAACGACCCCGAACGGACUCGUUAUUGGACGUAGAUAGCCUUAAAUUGGACAAGCGCAUUGAAAAAUUGCACCAUAACUCAACAAUUCUACAACAACAACAACUCAUCAUCAAGCCCACUCUUAUUUUGUAUUAAAAAAAAGUUUAAAAUUUAAGAAGCACACAACACAAAACACUUUUAACAUAUAAAAAAAGAGAAAAAACAAGAACUUAUAUAUAUAUUUUCUAAAAAAGACUAAAAAAAAACGAAAAUCCCUCAAAAAAAAAAUUGUAAAAAAAAUUCUCACAAAAAAUAAAAAAACGAAAAACCACUAGAAUACCUUAACUCUUCAGAAAUAUCACAUUUUUACUAGCUUGCAAGAGAAUUUAAAAAAAAAUCAAAUUAUGAGUACGGGCCAGUACAUUUUAAAACAGAAAAAUCGUACAAAUCGUAAAAAAAACGUAAAAUAAGUAACAAAUUUUUAAAAUGAUGAAAAAAAAUACUACUGGACAGAUAAAAAUAAGAAAAAAAAAUAAUUAAUUGUAAAAUGUAAGAAGACCAUCAUCAACUCCCCUCUCAUCAACUCUCUUUAAAUAAAAAUAUUUUUUAAGUUUUUUUUUUAAAUAAUAAUACCAUCCACCAAAAUAAUAAGUUUGAUUCGAAUUG